UCACGUGGCCACUAGGGUGAAGGGGUGAAAUUUCCGACGCGUAAGAACGAAACGGUGCGACACGUUUGUUCGAUCGCACAUGUGAAAUUAUUUAAAGUUAUUAGUUCGUUGGAAAUAAUAGAAUAUGCUGUGUCCAGUCUGCAGGAAAGAAUAUUCCGUCGAAGACAUAGGAAAUCAUAUUGAUUUAUGUCUUUCUGCAAUCGAUGCACCUUUGGGAAAAUCAUGUCAAAGUCCAAAGAGACCUUUGUCUUUUGAGGAAACGGUGGAAUUAAAUCUAUCAAAAAAAUAUAAAAAAGAUCCCGUAACAAGUACACUAAAUAUGAAUCAACAGAAAGCAAAUUCGAGCAAAGAUCAUGUUCCUCUCGCUGAAAAAAUGAGACCCAAAUGUUUAGAUGAUUAUGUUGGUCAAGAACAAGUUGUUGGUUCUGACAUGAUUCUACAGAAAUUAGUGACAAAAGGAUACAUUCCAAGUAUGAUAUUUUGGGGUCCACCAGGUUGUGGAAAGUCAUCCUUGGCCAAUGUUAUAACACAUUUGAGCAAAAAAAUAUGUGGUGAUAAGGUGCACAUUGUAAAGCUUUCUGCCACAUCUUGUGGCAUAAAUAAUGUUAAAGAAGUUCUUGAUAAAGCUAAGAAUGGAUCAAAAUUUGGUAAACAAACCGUUAUAUUUAUGGAUGAAAUACACCGUUUCAAUAAACUCCAGCAAGAUGUAUUUUUGCCUCAUAUAGAAGCAGGGACAUUUACAUUAGUUGGCACUACUACUGAAAAUCCGUCUUAUAGUUUAAACUCUGCCCUGUUAAGUAGAUGUCGUGUAUUUCCUUUAAAUAAAUUAACAAUAUCCAACAUAAUGGAAAUUCUUUAUAAAGCAGUUUCAUUCAUGAAUGGAGAAAUAAACGAUCCUCAAAAUAAGAAUCAAAGCAAUUCAGGAAAUAAAUACUCGCAUUCGAACUCAGAUUUUAUCAUUAACAAAACAGUGAUUGAAUGGCUAGCAGAAGUAUGCGAUGGAGAUGCACGUGUUGCAUUAAAUGGCCUAGACUUAGCAGUUAAAACUAAAGUAUCACAUUCUUCUCAAGUUGCAUCAAUAACCUUGGAUGAUAUUAAAGAAAGUCUUAAGCAUGCACAUACGCUAUCGGAAAGACAAAAUAAUAAUGUUCAUCAUUUGUAUUCUGCAUUGCAUAAAUCAAUAAAAGAUGGCAAAGAGAGUGCAGCUUUAUAUUGGUUAGCAAGAAUUAUGGCACUCAAAGAAGAUCCUGUAGAUAUAGCCAGGAGAUUGGUCAGGAUAUCAAGCGUAGACAUCGGUUUAGUAGAUCCUGAUGCAUUAGGAGUCGCAGUCCAUACUAUGCAUGGGUGCGAAAUGAUUGGAAUGCCAGAAUGUGAUGUAAUUUUAGGACAAUGUGUAGUUUAUUUAGCAAGAGCACAAAAAUCAAGACUUAUUUAUAAUGCAUUGAAUCAUGCCAAAGAUGUUAUUAUGAACCACAAAGGUCCACAGCCUGCUGUACCAUUAUUCAUCAGAGACAGAUCAGGGCAAAGAAAACUCCAAGCCAUUUUUGGACGCCAAGAAACAAAUUUAAUUCGGAAAGAGGAAAAUGUUAAGACACAUUUGCCAUUUGGUUUUCAGAAUGUAAAUUUUUUUCUAAACGAUUUCUGAACACAGGUAUAUAUUUUAGGUAUAUCUAAAAUGAGCAUACCAUCGAAUUUGUAGAUUAAUUAUGUUCUAGAAUACAGGGAAAAGUCCUAAUUAUAGAGGACUUUUAUAUACUUUAAGGAUAAUUGCUGAGGCAAGAGAUGAUUUGUUAUUUAAAUGUAUCAUUUUCACAUUUUUAAAGCUCUAUAUUAAUCUGUAAUAUACAUUUUUCUACGUUAUUUACUCGUAAACAUCAAUUUUUGUAAUCUAUAAGGGUAGUACUGCCGGCAGUGCUACGAAAAGUAUUUACGAUAUUUUGAAACAAAAAAAGAAUCGUAGAUCUGUCGCGAUGUUUUACAUGAAAUAUUAUACGAAUUUGAUGAUUGUACAAAUAAAGUUUCCAUAAAGCUUAAUUUGUAUUAAGCUUUUAAUUCAACCAUAA